AUGGGGUCCAAUUUGCCUGCCCAGCCAAAUCUCAGAGUCACGAGUAAGAUUCCCGAAUUCAGCCAGACUUCGUUUUCGUCCAACUUGACUUCGAAUUUCGACAAAAGGCUUUCUUGCUUCAUUGCGGCGGACGGGCUAUAUAAGCGCGAUGUUUUCCGUUUCCCCGAUCCCUUUGCUGUGGCCACUGUCGGGGGCGAGCAAACCCAUACGACGUCCGUGAUCAAGAAGACUUUGAAUCCUUACUGGAAUGAGAUGUUUGAUCUACGAGUCAACGAAGACAGUAUUCUCGCUAUCCAGAUUUUCGACCAAAAGAAGUUCAAGAAGAAGGAUCAAGGCUUUCUCGGUGUUAUAAAUGUCCGGAUCGGAGAUGUCAUCGAUUUACAGAUGGGGGGUGAUGAAAUGCUCACUAGAGAUUUGAAAAAGUCCAAUGAUAAUCUUGUUGUGCAUGGAAAACUCAUCAUCAAUUUAUCCACUAAUCUCAGCACCCCCAAUACAAACCAAGCAAAUGGCUUGCAUCGCUCACAACUUCAGUCUUCGACGUCCAGCGGGCUUGUUCCGCAGGUUGCUUCUGCUGCUGCUGCAGCACCUGCACCACACCCCCCAACGGGGCCAAGCCCAGUCGAUCCUCCCCCAGCUGCAUCGAGUGCAUCUCUAAAUCCUCAGCGCGUCCCAUCCACCACCAGGCCGACCAGUCAGGCUCCCCCCCCGGUUAACGGAGCACCAGCUCCUCCCAACGGACAGCCUCCUCGUGGAAAUCUUAGCUCGUUCGAGGAUAGCCAGGGCCGUCUGCCAGCUGGCUGGGAGAGACGGGAGGAUAAUUUGGGAAGAACCUACUAUGUGGACCACAACACCCGAACCACUACCUGGAACCGCCCAUCGUCGAACUAUAAUGAGCAAACGCAACGGAACCAACGAGAAGCUAACAUGCAAUUGGAGCGGAGAGCCCACCAGAGCCGAAUGCUCCCUGAAGACCGAACCGGUGCAAGCUCGCCGAAUCUCGCAGAAAACCCGCCGCAAGCUCACACUCCACCCGCUGGCGGUAGUAGUAGCAAUGCGGUUUCUAUGAUGGCCACAGGAGCUACGACCGCCGGCACUGGCGAGCUUCCACCUGGGUGGGAACAACGAAAUACUCCUGAAGGCCGGCCGUAUUUCGUCGACCACAACACCCGCACUACGACCUGGGUGGACCCCCGACGACAGCAGUAUAUCCGGAUGUACGGUCAGAAUGCCAACGGCAACAACACCACGAUCCAGCAGCAGCCCGUUUCUCAACUUGGGCCCCUACCCAGCGGCUGGGAAAUGCGUCUGACUAACACCGCUCGAGUGUAUUUCGUUGACCACAACACCAAAACAACCACCUGGGAUGAUCCUCGUCUUCCGUCUUCACUGGAUCAAGGAGUACCGCAGUACAAACGUGACUUUAGACGUAAACUGAUCUACUUCCGAUCUCAACCGGCACUGCGGAUCAUGUCCGGACAAUGUCACGUUAAGGUGCGCCGAAAUAACAUUUUCGAAGAUUCUUACGCCGAAAUCAUGCGCCAGAGUGCUUCAGAUCUGAAGAAGCGUCUGAUGAUUAAAUUUGACGGCGAAGACGGUCUGGACUAUGGUGGUCUCUCUCGUGAAUUCUUCUUCCUCCUCUCGCACGAAAUGUUUAACCCGUUUUACUGUCUUUUCGAAUAUUCUGCACAUGAUAAUUAUACCCUGCAAAUUAAUCCCCAUUCUGGUGUCAACCCAGAACAUUUGAACUACUUUAAGUUCAUCGGACGAGUUGUUGGACUGGCCAUUUUCCACCGCCGGUUCCUCGAUUCGUUCUUCAUUGGAGCAUUCUACAAGAUGAUGCUACGGAAGAAGGUCUCUCUACAGGACAUGGAGGGUGUUGAUGAGGAUCUGCACCGUAACCUGGCAUGGACCUUAGACAACGAUAUCGAGGGCAUUAUCGACCUGACAUUCGCGGUCGAUGACGAGAAGUUUGGAGAGCGCCGCACAAUUGAGUUGAAGCCCGAUGGCGAAAACAUACCCGUGACGAAUGAGAACAAGGGAGACUAUGUUGAAUUGGUCACGGAAUGGAAGAUUGUGAAGCGAGUGGAGGAGCAAUUCAAUGCAUUUAUGUCCGGAUUCAAUGAGCUGAUUCCUGCGGAUCUGGUCAACGUGUUUGAUGAACGCGAGCUGGAACUGUUGAUUGGAGGUAUUGCGGACAUUGAUGUUGACGACUGGAAGAAGCAUACCGACUACCGAGGCUACCAGGAGCAGGAUGAGGUCAUCCAAAACUUCUGGAAGAUUGUCCGCACCUGGGAUGCGGAACAGAAGUCUCGUCUGCUUCAGUUUACCACGGGUACCUCGCGUAUUCCAGUCAACGGCUUCAAGGAUCUUCAAGGAUCCGAUGGGCCGAGACGCUUCACUAUUGAGAAGUCUGGGGAGCCUACGGCUUUGCCCAAGUCCCACACAUGUUUCAACCGUCUUGAUCUUCCGCCCUACAAGAACCACGAUACGCUAGAACACAAGCUGUCUAUCGCUGUGGAGGAAACAUUAGGAUUCGGACAAGAGUAG